CGGGGUUUGAGCCGGGAGCGGGGCGAUGGCGCUGCUGGCGGGGGCCGGGGCGGCGGCGCUCGGCCUCUGUUACUGGAGGCUCCGCCGGGCCCGCGCCGCCGCCCGCCGCCUGCAGGAAGCACCAAAAUUUCCAUUGGAUCAAGACCUCAAGUCCGUUCUGCUCAAUGCACCAGGGAAAUGCCUUCCAUAUGCUGUGGUAGAAGGUUCGGUUAUCCCUGUCAAUGAGACCCUGAAUAGCCAGUUUGUGGAUGGUUGCAAAGGGGUAAUACACCGGUUGGUUUUAAAAGAGCAUAAUGCAGUUUGGAAUCGGACCACGCACCUUUGGAACGACUGUGAAAAGAUUAUUCAUCAGAGGACUAAUUCUGUACCCUUUGACCUUCUGCUGACUGAUGGCAACCUUAACAUAACAGUGAGGGUGACGAAACCCUUGGAGUCAUCCAAACUGGACCUGGAAACUGUGUAUGAGAAGUUCCACCCUGUAGUGCAGACACUUCCUAACAUCGUUGUUCAUUAUAUUAGUGGUGAACGGCCAAAGGGGAUCACGGAGGUGGAACAAAUGCUAAGAGCUGGAGAUGUGGUAACCGGGGUUGGCGAGCUUGUUUUGGACAAUAAUCUUAUAAAACUUCAGCCUCCAAAACAAGGGCUGCAGUACUACUUUUGCAGGCUCAACUUCAAGUCCCUAGUUCAAAAGCACGAGUCCAAGGUAAAGCAAUGGAAAGUCCUGACUGUUACGUUUGGAAUUGCAACCUGUGCUGCCAUAUUUUACAUACUAUGGCAGCAAUAUAAACACCGCAAAAUGAAACAGGAACAGACAAGGCAGCAAGAAGAGAAGCUGGCAAUGAAGAAACAAUGUAUGCAGGAGCUUGGCUUAAUGGAAGACGAGGUCCCUCAAAAUGCAUGUGCCAUCUGCCUGAUCAGGGACCGGAACUGUGUGUUCCUGCAAUGCGGACACAUCUGUUCAUGCGAUCAUUGUUAUGAGGCUUUACCUAUUCCAAAAACAUGCCCCAUUUGUAGGGAUCCUGUCUCCAGAAUAGUCCUGUUGUACAAUAGUUAAAUAUUCACCUCCUUGAUCUCUGUUCCUAGCUGUGGAUGUAUCACUUUUCCUGCGGAGCUUGUUUUACAAAGGAAUAUAUAUAUUUAUUGAGGAUAAGGAAAUAUUUCUUGCCAUUCGCAGACCUUUUUAAUCCAACUUCCCCACAUACCUUGGCCAUUGUGCCCCUUGUACAAUGGGUUCCCUUCAUCAAAAAAAGGGAUUUUUUCAGUGUGAGUCAUGGUUGAACUCAAUGUCAGAUUCUAAAAUACUGUGAUCACUUUUCCUAGCCCCUUAGUGUAAGAUUACUAAUCAGACCUGUCUCAGAACUUAAGACAUUGUAUAAAAUUUGUGGGCUGAAGGGCCUGUUCCUGUGAUGUUCUAAAAUACCCUGGUUCCAAGUUGGUGCCAUGAGAUUGGUAAAUUGGUCUAUUAUUGUCACACAUACUGAGGUACAGUGAAGAACUUGUCUUGCAUAUUGUUCAUACAGAUCAGUUCAUUACAACAGAGCAUUGAGGUAGUACAAGGUAAAACAAAAGAGUGCAGAAUAAAGUGUUAAGGAC